UCGGUAUAGGAGCUGUCUGCCUGGGCUGGUACUGAAACCUCAGAGCCCCAGCACGGUCUGUUAGAGGUAACUGUCCAGGGUCCUGAACCUGCCACACAGUGCCACUGAAAGCAUUGAGAGAGCUGCAGGAAGGUCCUGUCGCAGAAGCAAAACCAGGCGUUCAUGCUUUUGGGGCAUCCCUGAACCCAGACCACAGCAGCUUCCAGGUCGCACCGCUCGCCGUGAGGCUUCCCCCCCUCUCUCAAAAUGGAUGAUGGCUAUAGGGACAGGACGGCCUUUAUACGGGGCGCCAAAGACAUUGCCAAGGAGGUGAAGCGGCAGGCGGCAAAGAAGGUGGGCAGGAGUGUGGACAAAAUGUCAGACGAGUACACCAAGCGCUCCUACACCCGCUUCGAAGAGGACGACGACGACGAAUACCCGGUGCAGGGCCAGGACGGAGGCUACUACCGUGGUGGCGACGAGGGUGCCCACAGCGACUCCACCGAGGGCCACGACGAGGACGACGAGAUCUAUGAGGGCGAGUAUCAGGGGAUCCCACGGGCCGACUCGGGAAAGGCCGAUGGGGAGCUGGGCGGUGUGGCCGCGACGGGCGCCGCGGGGACCCAGUUCCGGGACUUCGGGGAGCUGGAGGGAGAGAGGCGGAAGGAGCAGGAGGAGCUGGCCCAGCAGUACGAGACCAUCCUGCAGGAAUGUGGCCAUGGCCGCUUCCAGUGGACCCUCUACUUUGUGCUGGGCCUGGCGCUCAUGGCUGACGGCGUGGAGAUCUUUGUGGUGGGCUUUGUGCUGCCCAGCGCCGAGAAGGACAUGUGCCUCUCUGAGCCAAACAAGGGCAUGCUGGGUCUCAUCGUAUACCUGGGGAUGAUGGUAGGAGCCUUCCUGUGGGGCGGCCUGGCUGACAGGAUUGGCCGGCGGCAGUGCCUGCUCAUAUCCCUCUCCAUCAACAGCGUUUUCGCCUUCUUCUCCUCCUUCGUCCAGGGAUACAGCACCUUCCUCUUCUGCCGCCUGCUCUCCGGCGUGGGGAUUGGGGGCUCCAUCCCCAUCGUCUUCUCCUACUACUCUGAGUUCCUGGCCCAAGAGAAGAGGGGCGAGCACUUGAGCUGGCUGUGCAUGUUCUGGAUGAUCGGGGGCAUCUACGCCUCCGCCAUGGCCUGGGCCAUCAUCCCCCACUAUGGCUGGAGUUUCCAGAUGGGCUCGGCCUACCAGUUCCACAGCUGGAGGGUGUUUGUGCUCGUGUGCGCCUUCCCUUCCGUCGCCGCCAUUGCGGCUCUAAACACCAUGCCGGAGAGCCCUCGCUUCUUCCUGGAGAACGGGAAACACGAUGAGGCCUGGAUGAUCCUGAAACAAGUCCACGACACCAACAUGAGGGCCAAGGGGUACCCUGAGAGAGUCUUCUCUGUCACCACCAUUAAGACGGUCAAACAGAUGGACGAGCUGGUGGACAUGGGCGGCGACACAGCCGCCUGGCACCAGCGCUGGAAAAUGAAGCUCUUCAGUCUGUUCCAACAGGUGAGGAGUAACUUCCUGGCCUGCUUCUCCCCUGAGUACCGCCGCACCACACUGAUGAUGAUGGCUGUGUGGUUCACCAUGUCCUUCAGUUACUAUGGCCUGACGGUAUGGUUCCCCGAUAUGAUAAAAUACUUGCAGAAGCAGGAUUAUGCUUCUCGCACCAAGGUCUUCAUCAAGGAGCGGGUGGAACACGUCACCUUCAACUUCACCUUGGAGAACCAGAUUCACCGCAAUGGCCAGUACUUCAACGACAAGUUUCUCAAUCUGAGGAUGAAGUCCAUGGUGUUUGAAGACUCUAUGUUUGAGGAGUGUUACUUUGAAGACAUCACAUCCAGCAACACUUUCUUCAAGAACUGCACCUUCAUCUCCACGCUCUUCUACAACACAGAUCUCUUUAAAUACAGAUUCAUCAACAGCAAACUGAUAAACAGCACCUUCUUGCACAACAAAGAGGGCUGCAUGCUAGACUUCAGUGACGAUAACAAUGCCUACAUGAUCUACUUCGUUAGCUUCCUGGGCACGCUGGCUGUGCUGCCUGGGAACAUUGUGUCUGCCCUGCUCAUGGACAAGAUUGGACGGCUGAGGAUGCUGGCGGGUUCCAGUGUGAUGUCCUGUGUCAGCUGUUUUUUCCUGUCCUUCGGCAGCAGUGAGUCAGCCAUGAUUGCGCUGCUCUGCCUCUUUGGCGGAAUCAGCAUCGCCUCCUGGAACGCCCUGGACGUGUUGACAGUAGAGCUCUACCCCUCUGAUAAAAGGACCACAGCGUUUGGUUUCCUGAAUGCCCUGUGCAAGCUGGCGGCCGUCCUGGGCAUCAGCAUCUUCACCUCGUUUGUGGGCAUCACUAAGGCUGUGCCCAUCAUGUUCGCCUCGGGGGCACUGGCUGCCGGCAGCUUCCUGGCACUCAAGCUACCGGAGACACGGGGCCAGGUGCUGCAGUAGCAUGCCGCCACCAGCGGAGGGCAGCAGAGUGGAGCCAGAGCAGCCACACUGUGAUUAGAGCCGACCCAACCCAUGGCCCCAUAAUCUCAGGUGACUGAGAGGACAGUCAGAGCAAACAUCAAGCUACAACCACCAAACACAAUUACUGCAAUAUAUCGGCUUCAGUGCAAGGUAUUGUUACCUUGGAACUCAAAUCACCUUUUAAUUAAUAUGAAAAUCUGCACACCCCAGUAAAUGAUCCCCAAUAAGGUAAAUUGGUCUAAUAUUUGCUGAAAAUAUGAUUGGUCAGGAUGAGAUACUGCAGCUACCAAGGAAAUCUUCUUUGCCAUUCAACGGUCAGCAGAGUAGUUUGCUGAACAACCAGUUUCUCAUAUGGCACAUGUUCCUGGUCUGUUCCUUCUCCUCAAAUCCUUGUAUGCUGGUAGACUCAGCUGUUACGUUGUCCAGACAAAAGUUCUGCUUUGUAAGUAAUUUAUCUUGUAUUUGUCCAUGUUAAUGUUCCUGACAAAGGCAGAAUUAUGUAAAGUAGAUUGGUCUCCAUGGAUACCAUCCAAUUUAUCCUGUACAAAACCUCUCGCUGACUAAUGCCCAUAUUAUCUCUCGAAGCUGUUCAGUGUAACUAAGAAACUGGGAGGUCUCAAACAAACUGUCCUCAAACAAAGCAAACAAAAAUGACAAAAAAGACCUAACGUUUAGUGUCCCUGUGGCUAUGGGGCAGGGUUGGCGGCCUUACCUUUGAGCCAUGCAAACGUUUGCUUCUUCUUUCCUCAUAAAUGCUCUGUACUCAACCCGGGGAAGAUACCUUAAAGAAAUCCACAUCCAUCUCUGAGGCAAGCACUGCCCCCCACCCAAGUUCCAGAUAGCCAAAAUUAGACUGCCACAUUAAGUUGAGUAUCUUCAUAAUGUCUGUACCAGCUAACACAGCCAAACCAGCUCCUUAAUGUUGUUUGGUUUCAACUUUUAUUGGAGACAUCACCAGUUUUUGUUCCAUUUGUACUUUAGUUUUACACUGCUUCUUCAAAUCCUGAUACUGCACCAGAUUAUGCAGUACAAUUUAAUAGCAUUUAAUGCAUUUUAAUGUAACACUGAGAUCAAAAAUAGUGAUCUUAUUAGCACUACAGUAAACUUGUGAGUAUGUGGCUGUGACAGCUGACUCCAAUGUCAUGCUCCUUUUGUUUGGCAGCAUGAACUGAUGAGCAGCAUAGCUAAGAGUACCCCUAUCUCUAGGGUCAUGGCUGAGUCCAGGCUGUCCAAUGGGUUUAGUUUCUCCUGACCACCCCUCAGUCCUCAAACUCUGCUCCUGCACUGAAAGGAGAUGCAACGACUCUGUACAUUCAAAUAACUGACCACCCGAGAACUGCCAUUCGAUAGACCUAGAUUCUAGAACAUUCCAGCUUUAUUUCUUGUGUCAGGAUUUGUGGGGGUGGCCAGCCUUCGGUCAGUUUAGUGCCCUCUGGCAUUAUCCUUUAACGAUACCACAGACACUGAAGACAAAUCUCGUCAUCAAAAUCUCCUUUAUUUGAAUCCCCUUUUGGGGUCAUGCUCAAUCUAUGAAGAUUUUUACUGUUGUUUAUUUUCUUUUGGUCAGUUUGGAAUUUUUGUACGAUGCUUUCAAGUCACAUUUAUGUUUUGAUUGGACACCUACGAGAGAGAUUAGCCAUUUGUCUUAAUGUGGAUUCUCCAAUUCAUCUUUUCAUUUGGUCAUGAGGGGAAAGAAAGCUCCACAGUAGUUUGUGGCAGUUUGUGCAGUGUAAUUUAUGCAGUUUGCCUGUUUUUUGCAGAAACCAUCCCUGAGCUGUUAAAGUAAUAGGCAUCCCUACAUCUGAUUUACAGUUACUUUUUAAUGCCUUAGUAUCUGGCUAGGUUCUAAUAUCAGCUACUCAUGAUACAAGCAUCCCAAAACAACACUCGAAGUAGAGAAGUGAACAAAUACUUGUUCAGCUAACUAUCGUAAGGCAAAAUGAAGUGCAAAUGACCUGGAAUCGGCAAUAUUCAAGCCCAUCAAGCCCCUGACACUGACCAAAUGCCGUGAAUUGACAGUAAGUGACAGUAUAAUUGAGAGAACUUUUUGUCAGCUGUCAGAGCCUUCAACUCUUUUUGUAGUUAUUGUAACCAUAACACCCAUAUGACAGUUAAAUUCCUCAUAUUCCUCCCUUAACUUGCCACAGCCUUUCCCCUACAUCAGCUGAAUGUGUGAAAUUGUCCAGUUUCUGCCUUUUCAUUGUAUUGAGAUUGCCACUGUCAGCAUUGUAAAACAAAACCUCUUCAUUUAAGGAUGUGAUAUAAAUAACAGAAUUCAUGCCCUUUUUCUGACUGCUACCCAUACAGGCCACCCCCCCCCCCCCCCCC